AUCACUUCCAUUUUCAGGUUCUGACGGAAGAAAAAAAGAAACCGGCGAAUGCCAAUGGCGAAAAACGAUGAUGAACCGGAGCUUCAGAGCUCCGGCAAGAGGCUUAAAUGCUCUAAGCACGAUGAUGAACGAUACCAUCUUGGUAAUGAAGAAGAAGAAGAGGAACAGGUAACUGAACUUCCAUUGAAGCCUGGGCUUUUCUUCUACCCAAUGGCACCAACUUCUUUCGUCGUCUCUGAUGCUCUUGAGCCCGAUUUCCCAAUCAUCUACGUCAACAAAGUCUUCGAGAUCUUCACUGGGUACCGUGCCGAUGAGGUCCUGGGCCAGAAUUGAAAAGGCGGUGGGUCUAUGGAGAAUUUUGGUGAGUCUGAUUAAGGAGAUGGCUAUAAAUUCUCCCCUGACUUCAUCCAAAUUAAGUCGGUUCUUACAAUAUAGAGAUCCUCGUGCACAAAGGCGCCACCCUUUGGUUGACCCGGUGGUUGUUUCUGAAAUCAGAAGAUGUCUUGAGGAAGGUGUUGAAUUCCAAGGUGAGCUCCUCAAUUUCAGAAAGGAUGGUACUCCUAUGGUGAACAGGUUACGGCUUGCACCCAUACAUGAUGAUGAUGGGACUGUAACACACAUUAUAGGAAUUCAAGUGUUUUCGGAGACAAAAAUAGACCUUAAUCGGUUGUCAUAUCCUGUCUUCAAAGAAAAUUGUGCCAUUAAAUAUGAUCUAUCAGGCAAAAGUGCUCAUCUGAUUGAUCAAUCACCAUUUGGUCAUCAUAAAGAAAUAUGUGGGAUACUGCAGCUUUCAGAUGAAGUCUUGGCUCAUAACAUUUUGUCACGCUUGACACCCCGAGAUGUUGCAUCUGUUGGAUCAGUAUGCCGAAGGAUACGUCAAUUGACGAAGAAUGAGCAUUUAAGGAAGAUGGUAUGUCAGAAUGCAUGGGGAAGAGAAGUGACUGGAACAUUGGAACAAAUGACAAAGAAACUCGGUUGGGGGCGCUUGGCUAGGGAACUUACAACUCUUGAAGCGGUUUGUUGGAGAAAAAUGACAGUUGGAGGAGCUGUGGAGCCCUUACGUUGCAACUUUAGUGCAUGUGCAGCAGGUAAUCGACUAGUAUUAUUCGGUGGGGAAGGAGUCAAUAUGCAGCCUAUGGAUGAUACCUUUGUUCUCAAUCUUGAUGCUGCAAAUCCCGAGUGGCGCAGAGUAAGCGUGAAAUCCUCCCCACCUGGACGCUGGGGCCACACUCUAUCUUGUUUGAAUGGUUCUUGGUUAGUGGUUUUCGGGGGAUGUGGCAGUCAAGGAUUGCUCAAUGACGUGUUUGUACUCGAUUUGGAUGCUCAACAACCAACAUGGAAAGAAAUCUCUGGUGGAGCUCCUCCAUUGCCUAGAUCCUGGCAUAGCUCCUGUAUGAUUGAAGGCUCAAAACUGGUAGUCUCAGGUGGAUGCACAGAUGCCGGUGUGCUUCUCAGUGACACAUACUUGUUGGAUCUAACAACAGACAAGCCAACAUGGAGAGAGAUACCCACAUCUGGGACACCCCCAUCUAGAUUGGGACAUUCUCUUUCUGUUUAUGGUCGGACAAAGAUUCUAAUGUUUGGUGGACUUGCCAAGAGCGGACACUUACGCUUACGAUCAGGCGAGGCAUACACCAUAGAUUUAGAAGAGGAAGAACCCCAGUGGAGGCAACUUGAGUGCAGUGCAUUCACCGGAAUUGGCGGCCAGAGUGCUGUGGUUCCUCCACCAAGACUCGAUCAUGUAGCAGUCAGCAUGCCCUGUGGAAGGAUUAUCAUUUUUGGAGGCUCCAUUGCCGGGUUACAUUCACCUUCUCAACUAUUCCUUCUCGAUCCUGCCGAGGAGAAACCGUCAUGGAGAAUUCUCAACGUUCCUGGGCAACCACCUAAAUUUGCUUGGGGCCAUAGUACUUGCGUCGUUGGAGGGACACGGGUUUUGGUAUUAGGCGGCCACACCGGAGAAGAAUGGAUACUCAAUGAAUUACAUGAACUCUGUUUAGCUAGCAGACAAGAUUCAGAUCUUUGAUUCUAUUUUAAUGUGGCAGCAAACACUCCAAAGGAAAAGUUGCUUCUAAGGAACCAAUUGAGACUCCUCAUAUUUUAUAGCACUGUAAGAACAAAAAUUUCCCACUCUUUUAGCUGUAUUAUGAUUUUGUUUUCUGUAUUUCUUUUCCUUCUUUUUGGUUUGUGUUUAAAUUUUGGUCUCCUGUAUAUAUUUAUAAAAAUAUAAUAUAGAUUGUGUUUUUUUUUCCUUCCA